AUGAGGCCCUCAUCGUGUCUCGACACGUCUCUGUUGCAGAUUGCUGGAGGAGUCUGGGUCUUGCUCGCUAGGUUCGACUAUGGUACUGCUGCCGGGUUCUAUGCAUACAGGACGACUAGUGCAUUAGUGAUAUGGUUUGUUUUCUAUUGA